UAAAUUGCUACUACAGUAGUACAGUAACAUUUAAACAACUAGUAUGAAUUGCACGGUUUUAUUGUCCUUUUAAACAUAAUACGUUCUAAUAUUUUUUAACGUAUUGUCAAUGUGACGAUAUAAUUAUAGAAAUCUACAACAGAGAGACAUAAACCCACGUGAGGACCUGUUAGCAGUCGUGUAGCGAUUUCUUGUUAUUUUUAAAAGUUAAGAAUUUAAGCAUUGGGGCGCAGCCAUUUGCGAUUUAUAAAACAUGCAUGGUUCUCUGCGAAGUAGAAUUUGGCACUAAUGACUUGUUCUUAAUGUGAAAAUAACUUUGAUGUGGUUGUGGUGCACGUCGAGACAAAUGAGCUGUUGCACUGUGAUUUGUACUGUGGAGUUUGUUAACUCAUUUUACUGAAGGACAUGGGUGAUGUGACACAAUUCUGGACUGCUCAACAUACCACGUCCCAAUACUUCUUGGAAGGGUCACCACUAUGUCCAAAUUUCUGCAAGAUGCAAGCUUCACCAAGGAUUCUAACACUGGUAGCGUUGGAAGAAAGCAAUGGGGAUUAUGGGUAACUGGAGUGGUAGGAGGGACAUUGAUAGCACUUUAUGCUGUGGCCACCCCAUUUGUAAUUCCAGCCCUCAGGAAGAUCUGCUUGCCCUUUGUUCCAGCAACUCCAGCUCAGAUUGAAAAUGUACUAAAGAUGCUACAGUCAAGAACAGGAUCACUUGUCGACAUUGGAAGUGGUGAUGGGCGAAUAGUGAUUGCAGCAGCAAAGCAAGGCUACAGAGCCGUUGGCUAUGAGCUGAACCCAUGGCUGGUGUGGUAUUCUAGAUAUAGGGCCUGGAGGGAGGGAGUGCAUCACAACACCAGAUUUCAUAUAGCAGAUUUAUGGAAGGUCAAUUUUUCUCAGUAUACUAAUGUUGUUAUCUUUGGAGUUCCACAGAUGAUGCCUCAGUUGGAAGACAAACUUCUAAGUGAACUACAGAUCACAGCCAAAGUCAUUGCCUGCCGUUUCCCCUUUCCCACGUGGGCACCUGAUCACAUGACUGGAGAGGGGAUUGAUACUGUGUGGGCAUAUGAUGCAAAAUCAUUUCAAAAUGGACACUUUCCCAGCCGCAGCCGAGGCACAGAGACCCUAUAAUCAAAACACACAGUGAUGCAGAACUGGGAGCGAGGCAUUUCAGUUUGUAAAUAAAGAUGAUCUUCUUUGUCCAAGGGAUUUGUUUUGGUGAAUUAUAUUUACCCAAUGGCUCUGUGAAUUGAAAUGCUCUCAAUGAAAGAAAUUAAAAAAAACAGAAAGCUCUAUAUGGGGCUACUCACCGGUGUUAACAAAGAAUGGAGAACAGUAAGUGCUGUUUUGGCAUUUAGUGUUCUUGAAGUCCUUCAAAAAUACAGCCUGAGGUGCAAAUGUGUGUGAAAUAUUUAUUUUGUCCAAAUAUUUAUUUUGUCGAUCGAUCCAACCAAGGUGCAGGUUCUUCAAUGUACAAAAGUUAUUCCCACAGCCACAUCAUAAGCAUGGGUACUGCUGAAAAGGCUCUUAGUGUGACACUGAACUGUUGAAAAUCAGACAAAUGCCAAGUUGUUUACUUUAAAUUAUAAAUGAAAAUAUGAGAAAUGAAAGAGUUCCUGUGGGGAGGCGCGCAUUAUGUUA